AUGAGUAUAUUAAGCAAAAAAUUAAAUAAAUUAGAUCAUACAAUCCCAAUUUAUUCACCUCGUACAACUUAUAAAAAUAUUAGAUAAAAUGAUGAACAUCUUCUAGCAGAUUUAACAUUAAACUUUGAUCCAUUUACGAUUAAUGUUUUAAAAAAUGAAUUUGGUAUUAGAGAUAUGCAAAUGAAAUUAAGCGAGUUUAUUCUUGUAGUUAAAGAACAUUUACUAUCUUGGUAAGUUGAUAUACCAAAUAGAGAGACAAAAUUGGUUAGGUGUUUAACAAACCUAUUUGAAGAAAUAGACUUAAAUGGAAAUGGGAUUUUAGAAUGGGAUGAGUUUACUAAUUAUGUAAUUGAAAAAGCAACCGUUUUAAAUAAUAUUAAAACAAAAGUUGAUGAAAUCAAAACAUACACAAAGUCUUAAGUAAAGCCACUAUAGGCUUAAACCAAGCAUUUAACUCAUAAAUUUAAUAAUUUGGUAACUAAAAUAUUGUACAUUCCUCAUAUCGAUAGACUUGCUCUUUAUGAAGAAGGUAGUGCAGAAAUUUUAUUUAUGAACCCAGAAACAGGAGUGAUGAACAAUAAAACUCUGAAAGUUGUUCCAAAAUCUUUGUUUGUUACAAGCUCUACUGUAAAAAAAGAUGAGGAAGGACUUAUCCAUGUAGAAACAAAGAAGAAUUUUAUUGAUUUAAAAACUAUGAUAUUAGAUAUACUAUAUAUUCCAGACAAAAAGUAUUAAGUUCUCCUAACUUCUAGUAAUGAUAAAUAUGUAAGGGGUUGGAAGCAUUCAAGUAAUGGAUGGGUCUUAGCAUCAUAGCCUGAUAACGAAGAAGAAUUAAUAGAGCAUGAAUUCAAAAAUGAAAUAUAUUGCUUGGCAUGGGAUUCAUUGAAUGAAAUAUUAUAUUGUGGAUAAAAAAAUGGCAAUAUUGUGAUUUGGUACUUCAAGACAGACACAGAGAAAGAACUAGAAAGAGAAGGAGCUCAUACUGAAGUCAUUAUGGAUAUGAUUACUAUGCCAAAGUUAUAAUUUUUAGCCUCAGGUGCUUUAGAUGGACUGUUGAUUUUGUGGGACACAAUCAACAACAAGAAGAAAAGAGUUUAUAAAGAACACACUAGAGGUAUUACUUCCCUUUCAUUUAAUGAAGCUCUUAUUUUACUAUUUAGUGCUGGUUUUGAUCAUGAAGUUUGUGUUUGGAAUCCUUACAUAGAUAAUUUAAUUUAUAAAAUAUCUGGUCAUUCUAGUCCUCUAUUAGGAGUUAAAGUAAUUGAAGGAACAAGUUAAGUAAUUACUUUAGAUUCGGAUGGAAAUGUAAGAGUUACAGAUAUUAAAAAAUUUAGCAAUGUUUAGUGCUUUUCUGUAGAGACUUCAGAUGAAAAACAUAAAUUUAAUCCCUAAUGUUUUACAUACAUUCCAAAGCCUUUAAAGCUUGCAUUCUGUGGUAGAUCAGUAUAAUUAUAUGAAUAUGAUAAAAAUUAUAAUCCUAAUUACGUCGAUGAUUAUGUUGCUAUUUGUUGUGCUUUUGUUCCUUCAUAGUUAGCAUUUUACACACCAGCUGGAAAUAAAAUAAAAUUGUGGAAUGCUUUAACAGGUGAUAUUAAAAAAAUAUUUUCAGAUGUAACACAAGGUGAAAUUACUUGCUUUACUUUGGAUUCUCUCAAAAAGCGUAUGCUUAUAGGUGAUUCUAUGGGCUAAAUUGGAAUUUACAACACUUAUAAUGGUGCUAUGAUCAAAGCUCUUCCUAAGCAUUCAGCUGAAAUUAUAUAAAUAAUACAUGCAGAUGCUAUUACUAUGUUUAUUAGUGCAGCUAUGGAUAACAAAAUUAACAUGACUCUAGAUAAUGAUUUUGGAGAAAAUGAAUUAAUUAGAACUUUAGAACUUAAAGAUGUUAUGAUCACUUCUUUAGGUUUUGAUCCUAUUACUAAAAUGAUUAUAGUUGCCACAAACACAGGUAUAACAUCAUUUUAUGAGAGUGAUACAGGAAAAUAGAAUGGAUCUUUUUCAGAACUUACUCAAUAUGAGGAAAUAACUUCUCUAAAUUUAAUUAAAAAUUUACCAUACAUAAUUACAACAACCACAAAUGGAAAAAUAAAUUUCAUUGCUCUUCCUCCUCUUCUAUUUAAAUUUUAGAAAGUAUUUUACUUUAAAAAUGAAGAUAGUGAGUAAAAGCUUUUAGAAUAACAAAAAAUUCAAAAAGAAGGUGAAUAGCAAUUAUAAUAGCAAUAAACAUAAUAGAUAAAUAUAGGUUCGGCAAAAGGUUCUAUACUAAAUAAUAUGGGUUAAGGCAAAAGAAAGUAGGAUGAUUAAGUAUAACAAAAUUUAAGCAUCUCUAACUGCAUAUAUUGUGAUUAAACAAAAUGCUUGUUUCUUUCAGAUGAUAAAGGAUUUAUUAAAUGUUUUGAUAUAUCUUAAAUAUUAACUAUUUUAGAAAAAUCAUAUAAUAACCAUAAGGAUAAAUCUAAUAAUGGAGCAAAAUCUUUUUUAAUUCCACCUAAUUUUGAUGGAGUUGAAUAUUAAGAAGUCUGGAGUUAAAGAGCUCAUUAUGAAAUGAUUAAAUCAUUAGAGUACAUUCAAGAAGAAAAUCUGUUAAUUACCACAGCUUACGAUAAAAAAGUUAAAUUAUGGGAUAGUAAGACAGGAAACUUGAUCGAUUAGCUUUAACAAAAUUAUGAUAAGCAAGAACCUAGACCUAUAGCUUUCAAAAGAAGUGGAACAGAAGAAAUCUAUGAUACAAAUUUAGAAGAAAGAAUUGAUUUAAAAAGAAAAUCAUCUUUAAAAAAUGCUAAGUUAUUAGUAAAAAAUGAAUAAAAAGGUUCCUAAACAGCUAUAAAAUCAUUAUCAUUAACAGAUAAAAAAUUGAAUACUCAAGAGAGCAGUACUUAAGAGUAAGAAGCUGCCCAAUAGCCGUAAUAAAAUAAGAAUGAAGGAGUGUAAGGUUAAGGUGACGACUUAUUUGCCAAUUUUAAUCCAAAUAAAACUUAUGAUGAAGAGUUCAAUCCAUUUUAUUUCAUGGAUAAAAUCGAUAAAACCAAACUAAAAACAGACCGAAGCAAUAGUGACUGGAAGCUGCACAUAAAUUACAUUAAAUACUUUGAAUCCUUUGAAGAUUCGAUUAAACAAUUAAAUAUUGAUAUUUAGAAAUAAGAACAUGAAUUAAGGGAAAAAACAGAAAAAUAAGGUAUUAACAACAGGAGAUUCAAAGUCAAUCCAUAUUAAAAUUCAGAUUUAAAUGCUUAAAAAUUUGGAGUAGAUCAUAAACCUAUUUUAAAGGAUGAAAUUAAUUUUAAAUAAGAAAAUUAAGACCAGCACAAAGUUAAAGCUGAUAAUAGGAUAUAAGAAGGAUUAAAUUAAGUUACUAACUCGUAGGCAACUCUUCCUAGGAUAGCCUCAUUACAAAAUAAUAAACUUAAAUUACAAAAUUAAUAGUAAUAAGUAUAAAAUUAACAAACUGAACCCUCAUCAAAUAGAUCUCAUUAACAGCCCGGAAUUGAAACAAAAACAUUAGCUGCUAUUUCAGGAGAUCAAAAUAAAAAAUAAAAGAAAGUAUGGGAUAAUCUGUAUAAAAAAGAGUUGUAAAGUAAAUUCCUAUUUGGCAGUAACUAAUCAGAAAUAAGAUUAAGUAAAGAAGAAGUAGAUGCUGCACACCGUUUAGCAGCAGCUUUAGCUAAUUACGAUAAAGAUGACUAUAGAAGUUUAAAGUUUUAUAAUAUUUAAAUAAAAGAAUCUAAAGGCCCUAAAAAGCUUCAACCUUUAAGUUAAUCUAAGAAAAAAUGA